AUGCCGCGCGCUACCGCCUCCGUAAACGGCGUCCAAGUCGCUUCAACAGAUACCUGGGAAGUCGUCGACGGCAACAUCUACUUCCCGCCCUCGUCGCUGACAAAAUCCGCAUUCACGCCUACAAAGACUACGACGCACUGCCCCUACAAGGGCGACGCGUCUUACUAUUCUGUCAUGACGAAUAAGACCGAGGUCAAGGACGCGGCGUGGUAUUACCCGACUCCGUUGCCGGAGUAUGAGAAGAUCAAGGAUCAUGUUGCGUUUUAUAAGGGGAAGGCGGAGGUGAAGAGUGAGUAG